CCGCCUAGUCUCCCCGGGCUCGGGCUCGGCUCAGACUCCGCUCUGCUCUUCUCUUCUGCAGCCCUCGCUCUCCCUGCCCGCAGCAGCUCCUCCUCGGCUGCGCGGCGGCGGCCCGCUCGGCAUCUGCAAGCGACCACACACAGUCGGCGGCGGCGGCGGCGGCGGCAGCAGCAGCAGCGGGCGAGGAUGAAGUGCAAGCCGAACCAGACGCGGACCUACGACCCCGAGGGCUUCAAGAAGCGCGCCGCGUGCCUGUGCUUCCGCAGCGAGCGCGAAGACGAGGUGCUCCUGGUGAGCAGCAGCCGCUACCCCGACCGCUGGAUCGUGCCCGGCGGGGGCAUGGAGCCCGAGGAGGAGCCGGACGGCGCGGCGGUGCGCGAGGUGUACGAGGAGGCGGGAGUCAAGGGGAAGUUGGGCCGGCUGCUUGGUGUCUUCGAGCAGAACCAGGACCGCAAGCACCGGACCUACGUGUUCGUGCUCACCGUCACCGAGCUGCUGGAGGAUUGGGAAGACUCGGUCAGCAUCGGCAGGAAGCGAGAGUGGUUCAAGAUCGAAGAUGCCAUCAAGGUCCUCCAGUGCCACAAGCCCGUGCAUGCCGAGUACCUGGAGAAACUGAAGCUGGGCGGCUCCCCGACUAAUGGAAACUCGGCCGCCCCGUCCCUGCCGGAGAGCGAGCCCUAAUGAACAGAAACCAUGUUCCAGAUUACACUGAAAUAAAAUCAUUGAUGUGAAUCCAGUAUUCAGUGGUAUUGUCAAGUUCACCGGAGCACUUUUAAGGUUCCCAGGAAGACCGCCCAUCUGGUUUUCCUUCUACAUCUUGGAACACUCCUCUGUCUAUUUUACCAACAUUGUUUGCUCUGGUUGUUGUACUAUUGUAUGUGAGCGGACUUAAUUCAGCACCUAUAGCCUUUUGUUGUGCUUUUCUGAUGUGUCUGCCUUCUUCAUUAGACUAUUACCUUUGAGAGCAACGACUAUUUUUCCUUACUCUGCAUAUUGUGCAUCCAAGACACUACUUGAAAUAUGGUUGGCAUCACUGGAGGUCUUUGAUUCAAUUAAUAUUUUGUAAUCUCUUUGUGGCAAAGCAUUUCCCUCCCAAUCUGGUGCUAGUAGAGUAUCUGCUGUCUCAGCACCAUGUGUGUGGCUCAUGUGUAUUAGGUGUUUCAUAAACAUUUCAGGACAGUUGAAGAUGUUCCAGGACAAGAAUUAGUACUCAUUUUAUGUCAUAUCAUACAAUGGCUGGUACGGUUUUAAUAUUAUGCUAUCACUGAAGGUAACAUUUUAUAGAAUUAGUCCUUCACGUAACAACUUUAGUGUUUUUGUACUGUUGUUAAUUUGCUUAAAAUUUUAUUCAAAAAUAUCACUUGCUAUAAAGGUAAUUGUAAAGACACUACAAUGAAAACCUAUUAUUGUGAGUUUUUAUAAAAAUAAAUUUUAAAAUAAUAUACAAAUAAUACAUUUAAUUUUUUUGCAAUGCUCUAUUUCUUAAAUGUCAACAUUUCCUUGCAGAAAAAUGCUGUUUUUUUUAUUUUAAAGAUUCAAUAUUCUGUAAUAUUGAUGGUGAGCAUGAAGAAUACCUGCUCAUCGUGCCAUUUCGUUGCCUAAGUGUCUUUUGCCUCUCUCGCUGUUUCUGUUGCCUGUGGUUCUCCUCCCUUGCCUAGCUUCUCAGUACCACAUGCUUUCUGCAUGUAAAAUUGCAAAGGGCUGAGAGCGCUAAAUUGGUGUGACGUAGAAAGGCUUCAGGGAGAAAGACUACUGUAAAAGAGGAACCCAAAGGGAAGAAUUUAAAUGAGGGAGUUUGGGUCAACUCUUUCCAGAGGAAUAAGUUUAUGAUAAGGACAAGGAAAUUUUACGGAGUUUUGCCACGAGGUGUGUGAUGUCAAUACUCUUAUUCAGCUCAUUCCAAGGGUUCCAAAGAGGUACGAAUAUGGCAGUUGUGUUUUACUUUUUCACUAUAAACGAUUAUAUUGGGAAAGGCUUGAACUCCACUUUAGUGUAAGCACCCUUCCUCAUGGUACCAGUGAAAUGUAUUGUGUCCCCAUAUCCUACAGACUUUGAAAUAAAACCACAUCUUAUAAUUUA